AUGGCGACAGUCGCAUCCUCAAACAUCCCUCAGAUCGAGCUGCACGACCCCACUAUGAAGCCCAAAGAGCUGUCCUUCCCGCUCCCCAAGGCUCUCCACACCACCGGCCAUGUACACCUGACGUUGAUGAGAACCUGUACGAUGGUACAUCUCGCCACGUCGACACCCGGCGAGUCUUCUGGCUCAUUCAAACCAAUGGGUAGCUUUGUAUACGCCAUGCCUGAUGUGAGUCCCGUAUGA